UUAUAAUUGCAACAGCGUCCACGCGUGUUGUAAGUUGCUUGGAUUUCAGACGAACACGUGUGGAGAACCGAACAGAAAGUCAGAAACACGACAAAUAUGGGCAGACCAGGAUUCUCACCACGAGGCAGCUUCCGGGGAGGUGGAGGAGAUCGAGGAGGGCGCGGCCGAGGGGGCUUUGGCGGAGGACGAGGGGGAUUCGGUGGAGGACGAGGGGGAUUCGGUGGAGGAGGUGGCGGCAGAGGAGGAUUUGGUGGUCGAGGUGGACCAAGAGGGCGAGGUGGCCCGCGGGGUAGGGGAGGAAGAGGUGGUCGCGGUGGGAUGCGAGGAGGUGCUAGGGUCGUCAUAGAACCUCACAGACUUCAAGGUGUGUUUAUUGCCAGAGGCAAGGAGGAUGCAUUGGUCACCAAGAACUUGGUGCCUGGGGAAUCAGUCUAUGGAGAGAAGAGGAUUAGUAUUGAGGAGGGAGAGAAGAAGUUGGAGUACAGAGCCUGGAACCCUUUUCGAUCGAAGCUAGCGGCAGCCAUCUUGGGUGGCGUGGAUCACAUACACAUGAAACCCGGAAGCAAGGUUCUGUACCUCGGUGCUGCAUCAGGGACGACGGUGUCUCAUGUCUCAGAUCUGGUUGGACCGGAGGGGUUAGUUUAUGCAGUAGAAUUCUCACAUCGAUCAGGGCGUGAUCUCAUGAACGUAGCAAAGAAACGAACUAACAUCAUUCCAAUUAUUGAAGACGCGAGACAUCCACACAAAUACCGAAUGUUGGUCGGUAUGGUAGACUGUGUAUUUGCUGACGUCGCACAGCCAGACCAAGCCAGGAUAGUCGCCAUCAACGCCCAUAACUUCCUCAAGAAUGAAGGCCACUUUGUCAUCUCAAUUAAGGCCAACUGCAUCGAUUCCACGGCCCAACCUGAAGCCGUGUUUGCUGGAGAGGUCAAGAAACUUCAAGCGGAGAAACUCAAGCCCCAGGAGCAGUUGACCCUUGAACCCUACGAGAGAGACCACGCUGUCGUCGUUGGAGUAUACAGAGCACCACCAAAGAAAAAGUGAGGAGACUAAAAGAAAGAAAAUGAAAAUAAUCAGACAAACUUUGAUGGCCAAAAUAGCUGAAUAGCUUCCCUACCAAACCCCAACGGUGUUGAAGAUUCUACAUGGAAGAAUAUCAAAACUAUUCUGUCUUCACCCCCAUGUUGCAACAUCUUCAAAGGCCAUCAGGUUUAUAAAACUAAAGACUUAUACUCACCACUGGACAUUGUUAAAUGACUACAGCUGAUCAAGCUGGGUUACAUCGAUGUUGGAUUGUCGGAAGCUUCCCCUGCUGCAAAGUAGACGGCUUUACAACAGUUUUGUCUUGCUCCAGAAAGUAAUAUUUCCUCACAUUGACCUGGAGACGGUUUCCUUGUCAUCCGACAUGUUGCUAGAUCUUAAAACUCUCCCAAGUCUUGACUGGCUGUUACUGUGGUAAUUGCCAGAUAUUGACAUUUUUGCAAGAACUGGCAACUUUCAUGAAAUAUUUCCCGAAACAUAAAAAAAAUAGCUUCAAGAAAAAUACUUGGCAAAUCAUCAAACGGUUUUGAUGACUUGUGUUAUUUUAGGAUGUAAAUUGUUCUAAUGAUGCCAAAAUGGGUGAACUAUAUAAUCAAAUCAUGUUUGUGACCGGCCACCAUUUAUUACUAGUUAAAUAUUUUUAUCUGUUUUAAUGCUUUCUUUCCUGUAAAUAAUGUUUAUAUUGUACGAUUAUGUGUUAUAAUUUUCAAGACUUUUGGCAUUCAUGAAUAUUCGGGGCGUCCUUGAGAUUGUGAAUUUUUUUAAAAUCAAUAAUGUAAAAAGAGGAAAGAUGAAUGAAAAAUAUAAAAGUACUUAUUUGUUAAGGAAGAAAAUAAUUGUUUCACUUACCUUUUUGAAGAUUAUUUUAUCAUGAUGGAAAUGAAUUUGGACUGAGUUAAUUUUAACAGUUUAUUUGUAUUUUUUUCAUGUAGUUCUGAUAUUCUUUGACGUUAAAUCAAUGUUAAUUUAGUUCAUUUUUUAAAAUUUUAUUUCUUCAUCUUGUAACUUAAAGAUAGGUACUUUUAUUUGGCUAUUACAGCCCAGGCAUGAAGGACUAUGAAAUAUGUGUAGUUUCUUGAAGUCAAAUUGUGUUCAGAGGGUCAAUGAAUUUUUGGCUCAAAAGAGUGUCAAAGUGACUGAAAAUGCAUGUCGGUUUUAUCUUUUUUGAGGUACAUACAGUCGAGUCUUGUCAAUUUGAGUUCAGUGACAUUUCUAGAAGUGAUCUACCCCUUUCAGAAAUUGUGUUUUCACAAAGAGUUAAGUGGGAUAAAAAUCACAAUGGAAUUCCCAUUUGCAUAUAGCAUAUAACAUCAUCCCAUUGGUCAGAUCAGGAAUUCCCUCGUCAGAUCAUGCUUGUUGAAAGCGCACUAUUGCAUAGUUGUCUAUGACGUUAUGUGUUAGACACCGUGUGUGCAUUAACCUUUAACCAUGAGUCUUAAUCUUUGUGAAAUUCUUUGUGAAACACCCUCGGGAGGUGCUUCAUACAACUGUUUAUGUAUGAAUGAAUGUAGUCACCUAACACAUGAUUUAAAUAUGGGCAAUUCCAUAAAAUAUGUACGUCCGACCCCAUGUUUCUGGGACCUUUGUGAAAUUUUCUGUCUCUGAUUUCUGGUUCUUUUGACAGUGUGUAAUGUUCUCAAUGACCAUGACUUGGUCAGUUCAUGAAGUGAAGUAAAACUUAAAUGGGGGUCGAACUUACAAAAAGGUUGAUGAUUUCACUGAAUUGCCCAUACGCAAGUGCGAGCAUGCACCCCAGAGAUUAUUUUGACUUGUUUCAGGAUGUAUUUAAUAUUAUGUAAUUGGUGAUCUUGGGCUCUAAAGCUCUGUGAAUUGCAGUCAUUUAUGUGCUGAUAAAAGGGAUGUAAUGUGAGAUAUUGUCACGAGAUGUCAAAAAAAUUGGUUAAGCUUAUUUACAAAAUAAAAGUCAUCUUUUAUAUAA